AGCCAAGUGGAUGUCUGCGUAUUAUCUUAGCAUCUGCUGUCCGCCAGUUACGCGACGAAGUGCAUGCUUAAUUGGUACUUGAGCGCAAAGGCCACAACGGCAUGCUUUCCGCACGCCCGACAGGCUUCAUAAAGCUUCAAAGAUUAAGCAAUAGAGCUGGCCCGGUAGUCAGGGCCCAGCCUUCGCAAAGACCUCCUUCGGUGCCGAGAACCCCUGUGCCGCCACCGCCGCUACCGCCUAGGAACUCUCAAUACAGCAAAGAACAACCUUAUCAGCAUAGCGAGCCUGGGGGACAGCAGAGCCAUGCAGGAUACGCACCAGAGCUCGAGCAGACCGACCCAAAGAAGCCAGGGCUGGGUGGCUACGCGCAAGCUCUUGUUGCGGCGGCGUUUGUGCUUGGUUUAGGCAUUGGGACGUGGUUUGACUCGGAGGUCGUCCUCACGCCGGCCAACGUGAGCAGUACGGAAAUCAUCGAUCGUGCGGUGCCCAAUGCCGACAUCUGCAUGGCAAACGGCUACUCGGCCUCCGUGCUGAGCAUGAAUGUGUUCGUCACCUACAACCCUUUCAAUGUCUACAUCUCGCAGCCGCAGGUCAAGGGCGGCUGCGUGCUGCGCCGCUCCAACGUGGGGCUGCUGGAGCGGGAACAGCUGGUGACCCCCCACGAGGUGGACCUGUGCAAGCAGCGCAUGAACACCUUUGCCUACGUGGGAGACCUGAAGAGCGAGCCCGAGGUGGCGUGCGUGUACCACAGCGAGGAGGCCGAGAACCAGUACCUCGAGGUGUUGGGCAACCGGGCCAAGAUGUCGCAGCUGCUGACGCAGCAGAUACCACCGCAGCAGCAGCAGGCGGGGGGGGAAAUAAAUAAAUAGGUGUAGCAACGAGUGUAGCAGCAGGCGGGGGCGGGAGAGAGCUAAGAGCUGCUGCUGGCGGGGCUGCCGUACUGCAGGUGGUGCAGCUGAGGGUGCCGUGAGGGGGGUGGUUUAGAGAGAGCAGCUGAUGCUGAUGAUAAAUCGGGCACUGCUGCUGCUGGUGGGAGAGUAACGCUAUGAGGGCGGUUUGGUAAGACGCAUGGAGAACUCCAAAGAACAGAAGGAAUGGGAUUGAGUGUGUUGUGUUAUGCAUUGAAGAACUGGUGGGGUGGGGAUUUCACAUCGCGCUGAUUGCCGGCGGGGCGGCGUCGGGGCGGCGUUAGCAUUCUUACAGCUAAUCAACAGGUAGUCAAAUGAUAGCAAGCAUGUUAGGGCUUAAUGUUACGGCAAAUUUAACAGUCGGUUGCUAACAACUUACAAGGUGCCCUGCAUGACAUGCGGCAUGUCCGGCAUCACCCCCGCGUGGUUACCUUACGGUGGUUACAUCCGCGUGGUUACAUUAGUUGUAUGAGCUAUAGAUUCAGCAUUUAGACGAAAGGUUGUUCUAGGGGCCGAGGGAGACGUGGGGCAGAUUGCGCCGACUAGCUGUGGGUUGCUGCAUGCAUGUGCACAUCGCCUGCAUGGACACACUUUCUUGUAUGUUGUAACCCUUGUAAGGUAGAUACCGUUGUAAUGUAGCCUGAGCCGC